CCUUUUAUUUGCUUUACACUGUCAUUCCUCUGUCCUGCAUCUAUUCUCUUUAUAUAUAAGGAACCAUAAUUGGUCUUAGCUUUCAUUUCAACCAAGUGGGUCAUUGCCUUUCCCAUUUGUGUUGAUACAAAAAAUGGAGGCAUUUAAAGUAGCAAGUGAAGGAGUUGUUAUGCAACUUGAGUUCAUAUGGAAGAAUAUCAGAGAACCUUUGAUAGUGCCAAUGUUGAGAUGGACAGUGUAUUUGUGCUUAGGUUUGUCAUUGAUAAUGUUGGUUGAGAAAGUUUACAUGGCAAUUGUCAUUUGUUAUGUGAAGUUGUUUAAAAGAACACCAGAGAAACGUUAUAAAUUUGAGGCUAUUGAGGAUGAUGUUGAGUUGGGAAACUCCUAUUAUCCCAUGGUUCUUGUCCAGAUCCCAAUGUACAAUGAAAGAGAGGUUUAUCAGUUAUCAAUUGGUGCUGCAUGUGAACUCUCUUGGCCUUCUGAUAGAAUCAUCAUACAAAUUCUUGAUGAUUCCACUGACCCAACAAUCAAGGAAUUGGUACAGGAAGAAUGCCGUAGAUGGCGAAACAAAGGUGUGAACAUAAAGUAUGAAGUUAGGGACAACAGAAAUGGGUACAAAGCUGGUGCUCUAAAGGAGGGAAUGAAACAUAGUCAUGUCCUACAAUGUGAAUAUGUUGCCAUCUUUGAUGCUGAUUUUCAACCUGAACCUGACUUUCUCCGCCGAACGAUCCCUUUUCUUGUCAAUAAUCCUGAAAUUGGUCUCGUUCAGGCUCGCUGGAAGUUUGUGAAUGCGAACGAAUGUUUGAUGACGAGGAUGCAACAAAUGUCACUCGAUUAUCAUUUUAAGGUAGAACAAGAAGUGGGAUCUUCCGCUUACGCCUUCUUUGGCUUCAAUGGGACUGCUGGUGUGUGGAGAAUUUCAGCAUUGAAUGAAGCUGGUGGGUGGAAAGAUAGGACCACAGUUGAAGAUAUGGACCUGGCUGUACGUGCUAGUCUGGAAGGAUGGAAAUUCUUAUACCUUUGUAAUUUAGAGGUUAAAAAUGAAUUGCCAAGUACAUUUAAGGCUUAUAGGUACCAACAACAUCGAUGGUCAUGUGGGCCAGCCAAUCUCUUUAGAAAAAUGGCUAUGGAGAUUCUUAGAAGCAAGAAAGUGUCUUUGUGGAAGAAGUUAUAUAUUGUUUGCAAUUUUUUCUUUGUUCAAAAGAUUGUGGUGCACAUACACACAUUUGUGUUCUAUUGCGUUCUGUUACCUGCAACUGUUAUGGUGCCUGAGAUUGUGGUCCCUAAAUGGGGAACUGUUUAUGUCCCUUCCAUCAUCACCCUUCUAAAAGCUGUUGGAACACCAAGGUCAUUCUAUUUAGUUAUCUUUUGGGUUCUCUUUGAAAAUACCAUAGCUCUACAUCGAACAAAAGCAACAAUUAUUGGUCUACUAGAGACUAGUAGAGUGAAUGAAUGGAUUGUCACUGAAAAACUUGGAGAUGCUCUCAAAAGUAAAGUUGGUGGUAAAGGAAUCAAAAAGCCUCGAUUAAAGAUAGCAGACAGGAUUCACAUGAAAGAACUUUGUGUUGGAUUCUACCUCCUAUUUUGUGGCUGCUAUGAUUUUAUGUAUGGGAAAAAUUACUUCUUCAUAUUCCUAUACAUGCAAGCGACUGCUUUUCUCAUCGUGGCAUUUGGAUAUGUUGGCACUUUUGUUCCUAACUCAUAGAAGAAUUUGGCAUUGGCAGUACUCCAUUCACCAAUUUCGGUAUUUGUGACUUCAGUUUAUAUUUGCAUGUAGAAAAUUGCAACAUAAUAUUCAUUAUUCAUAGCUAGCAUAAUUUGUUACAUUAGAAAUUAAAGUUUCUUAAUGUAGAAGAAAAUAAGAUUAUUCUCCAAGGUUCUGCAAAGGUACAUAAAGAAGUUACUUCAGAGUACAGAGAAGAACUGAUCAGCAGUCUACACCAGCAUUUGAUUGGAAAAUUGUUUUAUAAGAUUUCAUAGCUUAUUUAUUUUUCUAAAUAGUUUUUAUUCUUUUGUAAUUGUUUGAAAAAAUAGUCAACUUCAAUAAAUGGAAUAGUAUAUACAAAGUUUA